CCCCCGUCUGUUUAUUUCCCAUCGUGCCCCUCGGCGGCUGAGGGGAGAGGAAGAGAGAGCGCGCGUUUGCGGCCUAGUCGUGUCUCUCCCUCUCUCUCUCUCUCUCUCGUUUCCAAGGAGACGCGGGUUCCUUCCUUCCCCGCCGCCAUUAUGUCUGCCCAGGCCCAGAUGCGGGCACUGCUCGACCAGCUGAUGGGCACCGCCCGCGACGGCGAUGAAACCAGGCAAAGGGUGAAGUUUACAGAUGAGCGAGUCUGCAAGAGCCACCUUCUGGAUUGCUGCCCACAUGAUAUUCUUGCCGGAACGCGCAUGGACCUGGGAGAGUGCACAAAAAUUCAUGAUUUGGCACUAAGAGCAGAUUAUGAGAUUGCAAGUAAAGAAAGGGAUCUGUUCUUUGAGCUGGAUGCAAUGGACCACUUGGAGUCUUUCAUUGCUGAAUGUGACAGAAGAACUGAACUGGCAAAGAAACGGCUUGCAGAAACACAGGAAGAGAUCAGUGCUGAAGUAGCCGCCAAGGCAGAAAAGGUUCAUGAACUAAAUGAAGACAUUGGCAAACUCCUGGCUAAAGCUGAACAGCUGGGAGCAGAAGGGAAUGUGGAUGAGUCCCAGAAGAUAUUGAUGGAAGUUGAGAAAGUGCGAGCAAAAAAGAAAGAAGCCGAGGAAGAGUACCGCAAUUCUAUGCCUGCAUCCAGCUUUCAGCAACAGAAGCUGCGUGUCUGUGAAGUCUGUUCUGCAUACCUUGGUCUCCAUGACAAUGAUCGUCGUCUUGCAGAUCACUUUGGAGGCAAACUGCAUUUGGGCUUCAUUCAGAUCCGUGAGAAGCUGGACCAGUUGCGGAAAACUGUAGCAGAAAAGCAGGAGAAGAGAAAUCAGGACCGGUUGAGGCGGAGAGAAGAAAGAGAGCGUGAGGAACGCAUGGGACAACGAUCUGGAUCAAGAAACAGAGAUCGCAGAAGGUCUCGGUCUCGAGAGCGGAGGCGAAGGCGCUCGAGAUCUGCUUCCCGUGAGAAACGGAAAUCCCGCUCCAAAUCCCGAGAGCGGGAGAGGCACCGGCGCCACCGCAGCCGUUCUCGCAGCCAUAGCCGGGGCCACCGGCGGGGAUCCAGAGACAGGAGCUCCAAACAUAAGUCCUCUAGAGACCGGUCUUCCAGGGAGAAAUCGCGGGAGCGAGAGAAGAAAGAGAAGAGCUCUUCUGAACGGCGGCAUGAGAGCACCAACGGCAAAUCUCGCUCGAAGAGGUCGGAGGAGCGGGAGGCCGGCGAGAUCUGAACGCUGGCGAGAUCCGCCUUGUACUGUAUAUAGUCUUGAGAAACAUUCUACACAGUCCAAAUUUCUCAUUUAUAUUAACUGAAUACGGCACAUCUUUUGUAGUCCCAAA